AUGUUUCAAUCACAAGGACACAACAUAGUUGACGGUCUAAAAGGCCUAUUCAACAGCGAUACCAUCAACCUAAAGCGGGAACUGGAGGACGAAAUGGGACGAUACAAGAAGGAGAUGCAACGCAUCGACUACCAACGGAAAUACCGAACAGCAGAAUACAUCUCGCUUGACUUCAUCGCAGACCUUUACAGAACCAACCAACCAUCGAAGUUGAGACUGAGUCUAGAGAGCGAUCUAGAGCGUCUUACAAAGGACGGGAGGGAGGAACUAGUCAAAAGCAUCAAACUCCCGAAACUCGAAGAAUGGGUGCAGACUCGAGCCUGCAAGCUCUAUGCAAUCCUGUUGCUGGUUAACCAAUCGCAAGUGAUACUUUCCCUUUACAAACGCGACCAUCCCGUCACGGAUGACAUAUUCGAGGAGCUCAGCGAAGGAGACAAACCCUACUGCUCACUGGAGCAAUUGAAGGCCAGCAAGGAUUUGUGCGACUUUGCGGACGACUUUUUUCAAACACAGUGGUACAUUCCCCCUGUAUUACGCCGCGAUCGUGAGCCCCAGUUUCCCGUCACAUCGUUCCGUUUUCCUUUUAUAGGCAAACCUGAUCCAGUAGGUCAUGGGGGUUACGCUCAGGUCUACAAAGUGAGAGUGGCUCAUGGUCACCUGAAGCUAACCGUAGACGAUGGGUACGAUAAGGACAGUGUCGUGACGCACAAGGAGAUGGAAUUGCUCGAAACCUCGAAAAGUAUCGAUAAAGUUAUGAGAGAAGUCAGAACUAUUCGCGCGCGAUCACAUCCAAACAUUGUCACUUUCUUUGCAUGCUUCAUUGCUGGGCGGGAGAAUCCUAUUCGCGGCAAUGAAGUUACCUGUUUUCACAUGUUAUUCGAGCACACAGAGGCAUGUAACAUGAAAAAUUGGUUGGAGCAAGACAGCACACCCAAUGGACUUACUCAUGUGACAGCACGCCAAAAUUACAUCAUGAACACCAUCGAAAACCUGGUUACAGCUGUGGCCUACAUCCACAAGGAGAUCAAUGGAAAAACUGCUUAUCAUCACGAUCUGAAACCUGAGAAUAUCUUGCUGUUCGACGGGCCCCCGGCUGUCUGGAAGAUCUGUGAUUUUGGAAUGGCGCACCUCAAAGAAGGGAUAGACAAUAGCCGUACCAGCCACAACUCCUCCAACGGUUUUGGCACGUACGACUACCAACCACCGGAGUACCUCAUAACCAAUGAGAUCCAGAAACAUGGACGACAAUUUGACGUAUGGUCUCUUGGGUGUAUCCUCCUAGAACUUUCUACAGUUUGGAAGUUUGGAUGGAGUCCGGAGGGAAUCCCGAUGUUCAAGACCCGCAGAGCCGAGAACACACAGCUAGAUUCGAAGUCGGAAUUGCGCUUGCCACGAUCAAGAUUGCGGAUCGAUCGAUCGUUCAACAACAACACUGUCAUCGUUCAUGAAUGGAUCAGACAUCUACGCGAAGGAGAGGUCACCGGAUCAAGCUUCUUACAUCUUCUGGACCUGGUUUCCGAGAUGCUGCUUGCGCGAGCUCAACGAAUAUAUGUUUGGGAAGUCCACAUGGAUCUAUAUGAGAUGGCACAUCCUCACCUCAAACCAGAAGACCUCAAGAGCUAUUUCUGGGGCGUAGCGCAGUCUGCCACCCGCUCUCUCAAUAAUUUAAGCAACGAACACAACCCUCUGAAGAGAGCUAUUUCCAGGAAGAAGGGCUGGCAAGUGGACGUUCUCAAACUGAAAGAGUGGUCUGUCGACGAGCCGAAGCCAGCUACACUGGUCGCUGCAAAGAUUCGAACUUGUGCAACAACGUUGAGUCUUUGUUCACAAAUGAACGAGUUUAGACAAAAUAGGCUCUAUGGACGGCAUGAAUUGGACAGAGGGAUUACCGAGCGUUUCCGUGUGUCCAGUUGCGUUGGCCUGUACGGUUUGAGCGGAAUGGGGAAAUCACACCUGGCAUACGAAUAUGUCAGGCGGAUCCAAGACACUGACUCGGAGCAAGACAAACGACAUACUUUCUGGGUAGAGGCCGGCACAGAGACUCGAUUUGAAGAGAGUAUUGGCAAGAUGGGCGGAGUAGUUUCUUUAGCUAUCGGAAGUUCUGAAGACUUGUUAGAAACGUUACAGAAGUGGUUAGGGAACGCGCGAAAUGGGCCAUGGAUUUUGGUUUUGGACGGCUUGGACAAACCUACAAUGGCUGCCCAGGUCGCUCGACUCAUCCCUACGAACACCGACCUAAAUAACGCCCAGAUCCUGAUUACAACAAAAGACCGAGCCAUAUUGGACGGCCUCGAAUAUAUCAUUCCCCCUGGACGUCAGAAGGCUCGCCUUCACGUUGGACAGCUUCCAACUAGCUACUCCCGCCUAGUAUUCCAGUGGCACAACCAAGAUGUACUGCCCGACGAUAGGGAGAUGGAUGAUUUACUCAUGAGCCUCUCCACACCUACCUUCACCAAGGCCUUUGCCGAUUAUGCAGCUCAUAAUAACCAUUCCGUCCCCGAGCUGUACGAUAGAAUAAAAACGGCUCGCAAGGAUGGAAGCCCUUUUCGAUUUCCAAACGAAAUGUUCAAGGGCAAACCUCAGCUAUAUUCUACAUUCGAGCCCUUUCAUGCCAAUGAGACAUGGCAGAACAUAUCAUACCGGACGCACAACAGUUGGCCGACCCCAGAACUCAAACUUCUGGGUGAACUUUCAUGUUUUGACAAAGACAACAUUGCUUUCCAGCUGAUAUAUCAAAACUAUUACAAGGUGUUGAGGCUUGGAGAGAUGCUUGGCCACUUAGAGAAUUGCUCCCUUGUCCUGAAGGUAAGGGAUAGCAACACGAAAUACUACGUCAUGCAUGAGAUUAUACAGGAAUCGAUGCAGCGAUGGGUGCGCCAAAAUAUGGGAGUGGACACUCUAAUGGACCUCUACCAGAUCGCAUUGAUUAUGCUUCUUCUUCAUUACCAAGAGCAUAGGCGUACAAAAGCAAACGUAGAGAACAUCUACCGGUCCUCGUACCUGUGGAAAGUACCCUUUAUGGCCCACUUUGAUCGUUUUCUGGGCUUUGUCAAAGAACUCAACAAGGACCCCAACCAACUCGCUACAACUGGCUUCAUCUGCAGAGACGAAAUGGUGAAGUCCGUCAUCACGUUUGCGCAAGUAUAUCUGGAAGAGCGUCGGUACAACGACGCAGCAUGUGUCUUAGAGUUCACGAGGAAGCUCUACAAGGGAGCAGAGAACCGCUCGAGUCUAAUUCGCCAUCUAUGCGUGGCAUACACAUUGCCCCCGCUUACGAAUAGAGACAGAAAAUCAUGGGCAACGAGGAGCAAAUUAUUGGAAGAUGUAUACGCUGGUUGUAUAGCGCAGCCCCAACGUAAUCGCGAGCAGGAAUGGAUGUGCUUGCUUGACCUAGCAAAUUUGCACAGUCGUGCAUUACAGCCUGAAAACUCAGUCCAGAUCCUCAAGGGCCUCUCAGAGGUUAGCAUACGUAUGAGAAAUGGCGGUCCCACAAUCAGCCUUGGCCACCAGCAUUCUCAACCCCCACUGGAAUCAAGCGUUCUAAAGAAACUUGCAAUACUCAAAUGCAUUGCCGAGGCCAAUAUCCACAAGGCCAAGGCAGCCUGUCAGCCCCCCAAAGCGACGGAAGAGCUUCGAGUGGCGAAAAGUCAUUUGGAACAUGCUAAAAACGCUAUUCUGUCAUGGUUAUCCGGAGAAGAUAAGUGGGUAGCGGACGUGGAAGAGCAAGUUGCCGGCGUUCUCUGCGAGAUGCACGAAUUGCAGUCUACACGACAAGCACUGAAAAUAUAUGAGAGACUGCUCAAAAGACUGCGCAGUGAGUUCAAUGCACCAGAUCGGCCUUGGAGCCAAACAAGGGUCUGGGAGCUCGAAUGUAGAGUAGCCGAUGCGCACUUGCGGCUUGGGCCUUCUGCAUGUCUGGAGCCAGAAGUCGAAACCGCCUUUUUGAAAUUGAAAAGCGCACUCGAAUAUUUUCAGGAAUAUCAUGAAAAGAAGAAUGGGAAGCAUGAUGAACACACACUUGUGUGUGCACACCUUUUGCAAGAGCACUACGAGAACUUCGGCAGGAAUGCUGAAGCUGAGGAAAUUAAACAGCGCUAUGACUUGCGAAGAGCUAGCCGCAUGAACACCUCUGACGUUUUCUAUGAGCAGAAUGAUUUGGACAGGAGUUUAUUGGUUUUGAGCCUCUUGAUUAUAUUCGCGGCGUGCCUCUUCCAUCACUUGUGGUACGCUUAA